UCCCCCUCCCAUUCCCCCUCCCAUUCGCAUUACAAUGGCUACAGAUAACUCUCCGCGUUCGACGGAGAAGUUAACCAUAGAAGACGAUGAUGAGUCUAGCUAUGAGAACGUUAAGCACGAGGCAGAAGCCGCGCAAUCCCCUACCACACCGACAGCGUCUCGUAGGAGCAAGGCGAAGAGCUUUAUGGGCGGUUUCGUCAACGGCUUAAGGAGCAUCCCGAGGGCUGUGACUCAUAGCCAAUUUUACGACCGCGGAAUAUCGAGCAGAUGUUCUUCCCAAGGCAUGACUACCGGUUCGGAGAUGCAGUACAAGUUCGCGCACCAGCAUUACGGCGAGCCCAUUUUCCUCUCUCCGUCGAAUAUGCCAUACCCUCCACGCUCAGCACCUCCAGCCACAACAGCAUCUGAAUAUUCUCGAGAAUAUUACAGAUCUGGCGACUCGAUCAGUUCCCGAAUUGGAGGUUUCCUCAGUGACUUGAGCAGUUUACCAUGGAUAUCGACACGCGUGGCUAUUGACUAUAUUCCUGGAGAAAGUCAGGGUCAUGCUGGUCAAUACAAGAGCUCGAGUUCUUGGUACAGCGUCGAACCGCCAUCCACGCCUUCUGUGGUGUCCGAUAAAUGGCGCCUCGUGCCAGACCCGUGGUUUCCUCCACAGAAUCUUCCUCCGACAGAAGAAGUCCCGGAGCCUACAGAACAUGGAGAAGGUGCUGGUGGGAGCAAUGCUCAAGUUGAAGAACCAGAAGAAAUGAAACAACUACGGGAGGAUGUGCAGACGAAGGCGAGGGAAGUGAAUGAUCUUCAGCAGAUCGUUGAGCACCAGAAGAAGCAUAUCGCUGCAUUGGAGGAAGAAGUGGAGAAGUUGAGAGAGGCUCAGGCUGAGGCUGCUUCCUCGGCUGACAUUCAUAGGCGGAGGAGCAGCACUCGAAAGAGUUUGUAUCGGAAACGGGAUAGUGUGAGGACUGUCACGUCUUUGCGUGCGUCGAAGUCUGUAUCACGCCCUCCGUCGUUCUAUGAUUAAGUGCGCUAUUUUAUGUGGCUUUGGGGGACAGUAGCUAUAUAUAGCGUACCUUUCAUUGUUUGUAUGAAAGCAGAGGCCAAUAUUGAGAUUUAUUGACAUGCUUCCGGUUUGCCCAUGAAAGGGAUCG